UUGGUAAAGGGAACCUUCCUUAGAAGACGUAAUCCAGGGCGGGGACUAUCGCUUACCAUGCAUAUGUUAGUCAUCCACGCCCUUGCGACUGACAUGCACCACUUCCAUAAAUAAGAUGCUUCCGUUCGAAGCCAGAAAAAGCUACAUCAAACUGAAAAUUGACGGUUGUAUCCACCGCUCCAGACUGCUGUAAACUAGCGUAACCGCACUCAAGACAACACCAACCAACCGGCCAACCAACCAACGCGAACCACUAUGAAAGCCCUCAUACUCGCCGCGGAGGACCGAACAGCGUAUAUCGGCGACAUACCUCGACCAGAGCCUGCUGCGAACGAACUACUCAUUCGUGUCAAGGCGGUUGCGCUCAAUCCCAUUGACCCACUAUAUGUCGCGCAUCCGCUGGGUGAUUCUGGACGGACGGUUGGGAGCGAUUUCGCAGGUACCAUAAUCCAAACUGGCGGUGAUGUACCCACGGAAGCCGAUCUCUGCGUUGGAAACGAGGUUGCUGGUUUUCUCCAAGGUGCUUGCAGUGUCAACGAACGACCGGGUGCCUUUGCAGAAUUUGUUGUGGUCCCAUGGGAUCUAGUAUGGAAGGUACCCAAGUCGGUGACUCUGGAGCAGGCUGCGGGUGUAAGUCUUGUAGCCCUUACGUCUGCCCAAGCGAUAUGGUACCGGCUAGGAAUGAAAGCGCCGUUUGCGUAUGAUCGCGAGCAAGUUUUCCAAGAGCACCCAGAGUGGAAAUCCGCCGCACCGAGCCGAUGGGACGAAGCCGAUGUAAUCAACGUUUUCGUCUAUGGUGCAUCUACAUCAGUCGCAUUGUUUGCGGCGCAGAUGAUACGGCUCAGUGCGAAAUCGAGCGGCAAAGCUAUCAAGCUGUACGGCGCAGCUAGCGAGGCUCGGUGGAAGCUUCUCAAAGCAGAGCCAUACGGGUAUGACGCUCUCGUUGACUACCAAGACCCUGACUGGCCAGAGCAAAUCAGAGGGUUUACUGGCGGCAUUGGGAUACACUAUGCAUUCGACUGUAUUUCUGAAGCUAGUUCCGUCGAGCGUACCUGUUCGACCCUCGCACGCGAUGGGAAGAUAGCCAUCGUCCGAUCUCGUGAAGGUGGAGCUUGGAAGCCGCACAACAUCUCUGUCGAACCCAUUUAUGGUGCGGUGUGGGAGGCACUGGGCGAAGAGGUUCAGUACCAAGGCUUUACUGUACGACGAUCACCGGCUGCUCGUGGGUUCGCAGUAGCAUUUUACGCGUGGCUCGGCGAAUCCAUAGCUUCCGAGCUGAGUCCAAACCCGAUCAGGUUGAUGCCAGGCGGCUUGGGAAGCGUAGUUCAUGAUGGCUUCCAGUUGCUUGGUGCAGGUGGUAUGGAAGAAAGACGAACCGUUCGCGCUGAACCGUGGAUGCGGCCUGUCAGUGCCGAGAAGAUUGUUUAUAAUAUCUGAAAUCGUGUCAACCUGCCAGACUCCUAUAGUUAGCAGCUGCGAUACCAAAAGAACCUUGCUCUCGUAAAUUAGCAUUUCUAUGAACCCCCCUCAGAUCUGAAGCGAAGUCGCGUCGUACUCCA